CGCCGUGCCCCUCACAUCGGAGCGCAACGACCGCUGCGCGCGCCAGCCACCAGCCAGAACGCCCGGGACUCCAACCUGCCCACGGCCGUGACCCCGCCGCUCUCGCUACCUGGAUUAACUCUUUAAGUAAUCGCUGUUUGUGGCCCUGCCCCCCCCCCCCUCCCCGCCCUCCCCGCCCCCAUCCCUUCCCCUCCCCCCGACCCCAGCCCUCGCACCGGCUGCGCCGUCCCGUGCGCCGCGCCGCCGUCCCGUCGCCGUCUCCGUCUCCGACUCCCAGCUCCGUUCCGCGGCCAUGGGGUGCGCAGCGCUGUCCUUCUCGCCCGGGCUGCUGAGGGGCUUGGCCGCGCUGUGAGGUGGACACCGGCUGGAUUUAUGGUCGGCAGAGCCGCGGCAGUCCGCCGAGUGGGAACCUAGAGGAAGUCCUGAGUGCCGGGAGGAUGCAGGUGACGUGCUGGUGCGCCGUGUUCCUCCUGACGCCGGUGCUCUGCCUGGUUACAAGUGCCCAUGUCAAGUCAGGUAGCCCCAAAUCAACGCUAAAGCAUAUAUGGACAGAGAGCAGUAAGGAUAUGUCAAUCAGCAGGCUGCUGACACAGACUCUGCAUGGCAAAGAAAACAGCACAGCUUUGGACCUUCACUAUGACACUCCAGAGCCCUACUCGGAGCAGGACCUGUGGGACUGGCUGAGGAACUCCACAGACCUGCAGGAUUCGCGGCCGCGGGCUAAACGGCGGCCCAUGGUAAAGACGGGAAAAUUCAAGAAGAUGUUUGGCUGGGGGGACUUCCACUCCAACAUCAAGACGGUCAAACUCAACCUGCUGAUCACUGGUAAGAUUGUGGAUCAUGGCAAUGGCACCUUCAGUGUUUACUUCCGCCACAACUCCACAGGUCAGGGCAACGUGUCCGUCAGCUUGGUCCCUCCCACGAAAAUAGUGGAGUUCGAUGUGGCGUCACAGCAGUCCGUCAUCGACGCCAAGGAUUCAAAGUCCUUCAACUGUCGUAUUGAAUACGAGAAGGUGGAGAAAGGUGCCAAGAACACGCUCUGCAACUUCGACCCAUCCAAGACCUGCUACCAGGAGCAGACCCAGAGCCACGUUUCCUGGCUCUGCUCCAAACCUUUCAAAGUCAUCUGCAUCUUCAUUUCCUUCUACAGCACCGACUACAAACUGGUGCAGAAAGUGUGCCCGGACUACAACUACCACAGUGACACACCCUACUUCCCCUCUGGCUGACAGUCCCAUACGCCCAGUCACAACAUGGACGAGCGGAGCACAGAAUGGGGCGUCUACCUAUUCCAGAGAAAUAUGUACAUUAGCCUUUCUGUCCUGAUACGUGUCCACACCAGAGUGUCAAUCAUCACAAACGAUUUCCCACUUUAGCAUUCCGGCGUUUUUGAGAUAGCAAUUACUUUUAUCUGUUAACUGUUGUUGAAAGAAGUUGGAACAUAAGACUGUAAUGUGCAUACAAUGACAUGAAGAAACUCUGAUUACUAUAGUUAUUCUUAAUUAGAAGGUUUUUUUUCCUGAAUUAUGUUUAAUCCCUGUUAAACUAUGUGUAGGGUUUGUUGGAACUCAUUGGUCCUUUGGUGGUUUUUUUUCUUCUUUUGGGUUCUACCUAUUGUUGUUUGCUUUAGUUCACACUCCCUGUCAAACUAAAUGUUACCAACUUUGUUUUCCUCUCGAAGCAUUUUUCAUAUAUAAUACUUAAAUUCUCUGGACACCAUCAUAUCGAUUGUUUGCCUCUGCUGUGCUAUUUACGCUCCGCAGUUCAUCCUGCAUAACUAGAAAACGAAAAUUAACUCCUCACUUAAAAAUAAUAAUAAAAAAAAAAAAUGCUAGUUGGAUGCCCGCGAGGCGUCUGAAAAGGGGGAGUGAAGACAUUAAUGUGAGUUUGAUGCUUUUAGAAAUGUGAGGUGGUCUUAUCUAUCUAUGGGUGAGCUUGGACUCAGCACGCGUCUCCCUCAGGUGAUUCUCAUUCAGGAGGGAAACUGUUGGUAACAUGCUCAGACACUGUAACACUGUCAAUCGUCUGCUGUGUUCCUUCCAGUGCAGGCAGACGUCGAUUUCUUUGGGUGAUUGCUUCACUCUCGGCUGAUUGAAUGUCCGAUCACCUGACCGAUUGAUCAGUGACUUGUUCGGGGAGAUGGGGCUUGCUCAUUGUCACUUAAUAUAUCAACUGUAAUGUAUUGAAUUCUAUAUCCUAGAGCCUAAUUUGUAUGAAUGGUUUGUAUUGUACAUAGUUUAUCCCAAUUGCGCUGCUUCUAUACAUGCCCCCAUGAGCUGUAUUCCCCUCUGCGCUAAAUCCUCUUGUUCACCCCAUCUAUGCUCGUUUUUGGUUCUUCUAGCAAAGAAAAUGAUGUUGCUGCCCUAGAUGUGAAUUUCAUGAUAACAGCAGUCCUGUAAAGAAGCUGUACAACUGAUUAAAUAUAUUAAAAGUAUUGAUUUAA